ACUUGUGUCUUAGACCAGUCACAUGAUAAACAAAAUGGAGUUGAACAAAAUAUUCUAUGUUUUUGUCGUCUUAUUAUGUGUGAGCAUAAUAAGUAGUUGCCAUGCAACUCAAAAUGAAGGUUUCUUUCUAUCAGAUUAAGGUUUUGUUAAAUUAUAUGAUUAGUAAAUUUAAUUAGAAGCAAAGCAAAGGUGGAAUUACGUAAACGUUCGACGGAAUGCCCAUAUGUUUUGGUGGUUGUACUACGCUGGUGAAGCAAACAAACCUCUUAUUUUAUGGCUUCAAGGAGGACCCGGUGGUUCAUCAACAGGGUUUGGGAAUUUUAUGGAAAUUGGUCCAAAGGAUGUAAAUUUGCAACCUAGGAAUACCACAUGGCUCAAGUUAGCCAACCUUCUCUUUAUUGAUAAUCCUGUAGGUACAGGAUUUAGUUACGUGACCUCACAAGACGCCUAUUCUACAAGUGUUGAACAAAUCGCAUUAGAUUUAGUUCAAGUAAUGAAAUCAUUUUUAAAAGAAGUUAAGGAAUUUAAAAGCAUUCCAUUCUAUAUUUUUUCUGAGUCAUACGGUGGCAAAAUGACCGCUGCUUUUAGUAAAGAGCUUUACAAGGCUAUCAAAGCCAGUGAAAUAGAAUGCAAUUUUAAAGGUUUUGCCAUGGGCGAUUCGUGGAUAUCGCCUCUUGAUUCUGUUCUAAGCUGGGCUCCCUAUCUUUACUCUACCUCGCUUGUCGACAUAUUAGGGUAUCAAAAAGUAAACAAUAAGGCAUUGGACAUAAAGAGCUUACUAUCUGAUGGAAAGUUUAAAGAGGCUACUAACCAAUGGUCAGAACUCGAAAGUAUCAUCGAAAGCGAAACUGCCGGGGUGGACUUUUAUAACAUUUUAAGAUUUGAUUCCCAAUCCAAUAGCUUACACAAUUCCAAAUCGGAAAUUGAUUAUUUAUAUAAACGCCAUGUAGGAAGAUUGAACAAUGACCUAUUAAGUAAUCUAAUGAAUACGAAAGUUCGUCGAAUGUUGAGAAUUAUCCCAGAAAACGUUACUUGGGGAGGUAGAAAAGAAUUUCGCUUCAACUAAUCUGAAUAAAAUACUUUUUAUUUACUUUUGUAGGACAAUCUGGCAAUGUUUUUAAAUACCAGAGUGAAGAAUUUAUGAAACCAGUGGUAUCAAUAGUUGAUGAUAUUUUAAAAACUACGCCUCUCAAAGUUGUUGUUUACUCAGGCCAAUUGGAUUUAAUUUGUGAUACUCUAGGUAAAACUAUAAAUAUUUCUUGAGUAUAAAUAAUUUAGAGUAAGAGAAUAAAACAAAAUAUAUAGGAACUGAACAAUGGGUGGGAAGUUUGACAUGGCCGCACAUGAAAGAUUACUUUAUGGCUGAAAGGAAAGCUAUAAGAAAUAAAAUGGGAAUCCCUGAAUUAUUUUAUAAGACAUAUAAACAAUUUCAAUUUUAUUGGAUUUUGAAAGCGGGGCAUAUGGUUCCAUCAGAUGCUGGAGAUGCAGCUUUAAAAAUGGUGGCAAAUGUUCUUAUUUAAAUUAUCUUCUAUACAAAGCAUUAGAAUAAUUAUUGUCAUUGAGAAGCUUUUAUAUCAAUACCAUAUUCAUAACCUACAAUCCAUGCUUAAUCGAUUUUGAAUAGAAACGUUUUUGUAGAACUCUUUUAUUUUUCAUAAUUUACAGAAACUUAAGUAAUAACAUGCAAAUUGCAUAUUACCAGUGGAUUUUUAUUAAAUGUUCAUUAAAAAAUAAAUAUAUUAUGC